AUGGCUCAGAUGAUGAAGCAAUUCAGUCAAGACAGAUCACUUCAAAAUGAUCGUUUUGCAGGACCUUCACAACAAAAUGCAGGGCCUUCAUCAAUGCGAACACAAAGACAACAAGGGCCAGGAUUUGCUCAAGGAAGAGAUAUGGUGGACGAAUUUUUUGGUCCAGAACAGCAACACCAGCAGCCAAGGAUGGGUCAAAGUGCGUUCGAGUUUUCUGCUUUACAGAGAGAGUUGGAGACUGUUCGUCAAAUACCUCACGCCGGCGGAUGGGCAAACGAGUUCCAACAACAAGGUCCCAAAUUAUGGGAGCUAACACCUGCAGAAGAAGCUGCCAUGGAAAAGGCAUUUGUAGAAAGCAAAGCAGCUGCUGGGCCCUCACAAAGCGCAUCAGUGUGGAGAGAGGAAUUUAUGAACCAUCCUGAAGUGACCAAUAUGAAUCCAGCACAGUUAGCUGAAUUCGAAAACGCCUUCCAAAAGCAUUUCGACUGGGCAAAUGAAUUCGAUCUUCAACAUCAACCAGGUGGUGUUAGUAAAGGUAAAGCGCGUUUGGAUUCAUCUUGGGAAGAGCAAUUCGCCUCGUUUGAUCAGCAACCAACAGAAGAAGAAAUGGCGCGUAAAGUGGAGGAAGCGGCUGCAGCGCAGGACCCUCAGUUUGAACAAUUUGAGAAUGUCUGGCAAAAUAUCCGUGACCAGUUAGCCGAAGAUAAUGAUUGGGAGGAUGAGUUCGGUAAUUUCAAUGGCGGUAACCCUAUUUACAAGCCUGAUUUGGGUGAAUAUGUUUUUGAAGUCAAUAAUCCAUUCUUAAAUCAUCCUGAUCCAUUGGCAGAAGGUUUACAAUUGUUGGAAUCAGGUGGGUCAUUAAGUAAUGCAGCGAUGGCUUUCGAAGCAGCUGUUCAAAAAGAUCCCGGAAAUUCAGAAGCAUGGACACAUUUGGGUAAUGUGCAAGCACAAAAUGAGAAGGAGGAGCCAGCGAUUCGUGCCUUGGAAAGAGCGAUUGAAGCUGAUCCAAGUAAUUUGCAAGCGUUGAUGUCGCUAGCAGUGAGUUAUACAAAUGAAUCGUACGAUCACGCAGCUUAUCAAACAUUGGAGCGGUGGAUUGCACAAAAAUACCCUCAGCUCGUCCCUCAUCGUUUGCCUGAUGCCGUUUCUCCAUAUGAACUCCAUGAUCGUGUGACUAACUUAUUCUUGACAGCGGCACGAGAAGCUCCAGAUGGACAGCUAAUGGAUCCUGAUGUGCAAGUGGGAUUGGGUGUUUUAUUUUAUGGUAGUGGUGAUCUAGAUAAAGCGAUUGAUUGUUUCGUUUCGGCUCUUAAAGGAAGACCUAAUGACUAUCUAUUAUGGAAUCGUAUGGGUGCUACUUUGGCAAAUAACGGUCGCUCAGAGGAAGCCAUUGAUGCUUAUCAUAAAGCACUGGAGCUGAGACCAUCGUUUGUGCGUGCGAGAUAUAAUAUCGGCGUCAGCUGUAUAAAUAUUGGCUGUUAUAAGGAAGCGGCAGAGCACAUUUUAACGGGUUUAUCCAUGCAUAAGCGCGGUCAAGGUGAUUCUGAAGAAGGCGUCAACGUAUCGAAUAACUCAUGGGAAAUGCUACGAAAAGCUUUCAUAAUGAUGGAUCGCCGUGACUUAGCUGACAAAGCUGUCCCAGGAGCUGAUUUGAAUCAAUUUCGCCCAGAGUUUGAAUUUUAG